CGGCAUUUCAUUCAGCGGCUUACUUGUCGCCUCCAGUCACGGCAAAACCAAGAAAACGACUCAUCCCCAUCCCCAACCAGAUCCGACCCGAUCAGUCCCCAAAACUUCGAUGGCGAGCCUGUGGCGGGCUGCGACGGGCUUCACGGCGAAGCCCGAGGCCGACAACGAUGGCGUCGAGUUCUGGUCCAACCCGGAGCGCGCGGGUUGGCUCACGAAGCAAGGCGAGUACAUCAAGACGUGGCGGCGGCGCUGGUUCGUCCUCAAGCAGGGCAAGCUCUUCUGGUUCAAGGACUCCGGCGUCACCCGCGCCUCCCGCCCGCGCGGCGUCAUCCCGGUGGCCUCCUGCCUCACCGUGAAGGGCGCCGAGGACAUCCUCAACAAGCAGUACGCCUUCGAGCUCUCCACCCGGAGCGACACCAUGUACUUCAUCGCCGACUCCGAGAAGGAGAAGGAGGACUGGAUCAACUCGAUUGGGCGGUCCAUCGUCCAGCACUCGCGGUCCGUCACCGAUUCCGAGAUCGUCGACUACGACAGCAAGCGAUGAGGUCGGGCAAUCGAGGUUGAUUUUGGUAAUCUCCUGUUUCGGUCAGACGCUUGUGCCUUGAAACUGUUUGUUUUUUCGCCUGAUCGUCGAUUGCGACUUCAAGGGGCGGUGAGCUUUGUGCGAGCGAGAUCGAUCUCGCUAUACUAGCGACAAUCUGGUGCUUGUACAUUGAGAAUGGUGUUUUUAGUAUGUUCCUUAAGGGUUGUUCUUAGUGAUUUGUGAGGUGUUACUCCCAUUUCUCUUCUGGCAUAAUGUCUUUCGAUUUGGUCGAUUGUUCAUGUUUAUUUGUUCAUCAGUGGUCUAACGAGACGUCUCUGGAUUUGUGCUAAACAGAUCUACACGAGUAGUUCAAGCAGUGUGGUCUCCUAUUCUGAUGGAGAUGAAAGCUGAUGACUUGCGUCUAAGAAAAGACCUCUAUCUGAUAGUAAUAUGCAUCAAGAGAACAUAUGGUAGUCUAUUUUUGAGCA